CUUUUCUUUCAACCCUUCUCUCUUUUUUAUUUAUCAUUAAUCAUGUCUGACGUUGCCCCAUCUGCUGAAACCAUGCAAACAGCUCCUUUCGAUGCUCGUUUCCCCAACACAAACCAAACCAAGCACUGCUGGCAAAACUAUGUCGAUUACUUCAAGUGUAUCGACGCCCGUGGUGAAGACUUCGCUCCCUGCAAGCAAUUCUGGAGAAAUUAUCACAGCUUGUGCCCUAACUCUUGGAUUGAAAAGUGGGAUACUCAACGUGAAGCCGGUGAAAACCCUUCCAACUUUACCGUUUAGACUAUGACUUUUGAUGGAUGCUUGACUGUUUGGUUUUUUUUAGUAGAGUGUUUCAUAUAUAAUAAAGAAAGCAUAAAGAACCUACACACAUUUUAGUGGGAAGUAUGUUCUUCAUUUUUUUUUGUUCA